GAACGAGGCUACGAUUGGCGGCCAGGGCCAGACCACUCUGCUGGAAUUGGAGCAGACCUGGGAGGGGCGUGGAUAGCGGUUCCCGGCAGUCUGUUCGUCCUUUGGCGGCUGAGGUCCUGCAGCAAUGGCGAAGGAAAAGAAGGAAAACCCUAUGCGUGAACUCCGCAUUAGGAAACUAUGUCUGAACAUCUGCGUAGGUGAAAGUGGUGACAGACUCACCAGAGCUGCUAAAGUGCUGGAGCAACUCACUGGCCAGACCCCAGUGUUUUCAAAAGCUCGCUACACGGUGCGGUCCUUCGGCAUUCGAAGAAAUGAGAAGAUUGCUGUUCACUGCACAAUUCGCGGGGCCAAAGCUGAAGAAAUUUUAGAGAAGGGUCUGAAGGUGCGGGAGUAUGAAUUGAGGAAAAGUAACUUCUGUAACACAGGGAACUUUGGCUUUGGGAUCCAGGAACACAUUGAUCUGGGCAUCAAAUACGAUCCUAGCAUCGGAAUUUAUGGUUUGGAUUUCUAUGUGGUCAUGGGACGACCUGGCUACAGUAUUUCAGAUAAAAAGAUCAAAAGAGGACGCAUUGGUUCAAAGCACAAAAUUACCAAAGAAGAAUCAAUGAGGUGGUUUCAGCAGAAGUACGAUGGUAUCCUCCUGCCUGGAAAAUAAUUUGAAGAGCGUGUGAAACAUGCAAUAAAGUCAAAUUAUCUAUUA